CCCACUUGUUUAUCUUAAAUACCCGGCGCAACAACCGGAAACUCCAUGUGCAUUCUCUCCAUCGCUCUGUAUAUAUAGCUCACUUUGGACAGACUCAAUUUCCAAAUACAUGUUCUGUUUUUGUUGUGAGUUAAAUUCUUGUUAACAUGGGCAACUGCUUGAGAAACAACAAAGUAUUAGCACAAGAUCAUGAGAUUGAGAACUAUGGUUGUGAAGAAAAAAUUGAGGAGGUAAAGACAUUUCCACCUUCCAAAUUGGAAGAUCCAAGCUUGAAACAAUGCAUGAAGAAGAAGAAUAAGAAGGUGAGGUUCAAGAUAGAAAAUGAUGGUGAUGGUGAUUCUAGAAUUGGGGCUGUGAGGAUUAGAGUGGUGAUGACUCAAGAGGAGUUGAAGAGGAUGUUGAGCUACAAGGAUGAUUCUCCUGAUCCCCACACCUCACUUGAGCAAUUGCUUUGUGCUAUUGAGUUGAGAGGAGGGAAAUUUUCUGUUUCUGAUGUUAGUGAGUUUGACGGAGGCACAAAUUCUUGGAGACCAGCUUUAGAAAGCAUUCCAGAGGAACGCUUAUUAAAGUAGCUGUUUAGUUAACAAUCCAUGUAUCAUGCAUGUAAAUAAUCACAUUUUUCUUUUUUAUUUGAUGUAGUAGAAUUUAUGUGUAUAUGUAUUGAAAUCCAUAUCAAUGAAGUAGUUUCAGUUUUGCUUGAGAAAAACAAUUGAGGAAUUAAAAUUGUGCUUCUGGUGCGGGUCUGGUAUUUGUUCUUUGUGGAACCAAAUUUUGUUUGGAUGAGGCAUUUGGAAAUAAGAACCAUAAGAUUUUCUA